AUGCCCCGUUCCGGAUACGACUUGACUGGAACUGCCCAAGGCUCGCCAGCUUCAGAGGCCGCGGCUCGAGCUAGGCAAAGGACUGCUUCAAGCCGAACUCCUCGUGCCGGCACUCCUACCAACCCAUCUCGCCAAGAUGGAGAUGACCAGGUGUUGACUCCUCGAGCGUCUCGAGCUGGCCGCUUUGCUUCGGUUGCUCCUAUGAACUUUCAGACGGGCUUCGCUCCGCAGCGCAUGGCCGCACCUGAGCUGUACCAGAACCCUCUGAAAAUGAGUUCAGUUCAGGGGGCCUCGCAAUCGUGGAUGAUGAAUGCCAACUCUCAAUACAACCAUGGUGUCUCUCCUGAGGCGCAAUCAGCCGUCUUUUCGAGCACUGCAGUUCCUGUCUUCACUGGCCAAAAUAUCGGAUUCGUCAACGCUCAAGCGCCAUGCCAACCAAUCAACUCUGGAGCCGCCAACUUCAGAGUAGAACAGCAUCAGUUUGAGGGGAGUGGUGGUCGAUUCCAUGCUAUGCCCGCCAGCCAGCAUGGUUUUCCAGCCAGCCACACCACCGAUCCGCAUCCUCAGCCGCCUUUUCACAGCUUCUUUAGCCAAAGGGGUUCAGGACCAGCUGACAUUAUCGAUGAAGACGCCGAAAUGAGCGAUGCCGACAACCAGCGUUACAAGUGA